AUGAUACGACGUACUAGAAUCCUACUACCAAAAUUCAAAAGAUUUUACUCAAUAAAUUCUACAUCCUCGACAUCAUCAAAUCUAGACUUACCAAAACUACAUCCAUUAUUAAUUCAAAGAGCAAAAUUUUUAACAAAUGAACAUGAAGAACUUUCUGAAAAAUUAGAAACUUAUGAUCCAGAUUUACAAAUAAAAUUUGAUAGAUUAACUAAUAUAAUAAACAUAUAUUCAAACUUCAACAAUCUUAAUAAUGAAAUACUAGAACUUAAUGCCAUAAAAGAUCCAGAAUUAAUUAAUGAAGCACAAGAUGAAAUUAAAACUUUAUUACCACAACUUCAAACCUUAACAAAAGAUUUACAAACUAAAUUAUUACCACCAUUAAAAUAUUCAGAAUCCAAAACUCUAAUAGAAUUAAGACCAGGUGUUGGAGGAAAUGAAGCGUCGUUAUUUACAGAAGAUCUUUUACAAAUGUAUAUAAAUUUUUCAAUAAAUCAAAAUUGGAAAUAUAAACUAAUAUCAAGUGGUAAAAAUUCAAAUGGGUUUAUGAAUGAAGCUAUAUUAUCAAUAGAUGAAUAUGGAUCAUAUGACAUAUUAAGACAUGAAAGUGGAGUCCAUAGAGUUCAAAGAAUUCCAGAAACUGAAUCAAAAGGCCGUAUACAUACAUCAACAUCUGCAGUUAUAGUAUUACCAAAAUUAUCAGAAGGUAAUGAACAAAGUCUUAAAUCAGAUGAAAUGCAAUUUAAACCUGGUGAAGUUAGAAUAGAUACAAUGAGAGCAAGUGGUAAAGGUGGUCAACAUGUUAAUACUACAGAUUCUGCAGUUAGAUUAGUUCAUUUACCAACUGGGAUAAUAGUUACUCAACAAGAUGAAAGAUCACAACCACAAAAUAAAGCUAAAGCAUUUGCAAUUUUAAGAAGUAGAUUAGCUGAAUUGGAAAGAAUUGAAGAAUUGAAAAAACAAAAACAAUUAAGAACUUCUCAAGUCACAACAACUGAUAGAUCAGAUAAAGUUAGAACUUAUAAUUAUCCACAAAAUAGAGUUACUGAUCAUAGAUGUGGGUUUAGUUUACAUGAUUUAAAUGGAUGUUUAAAAGGAGAAAAAUUGAUUGAAAUUAUUGAUAAAGUUAAAGAAAUUGAAUAUAGUGAAAGAUUAGAAGAAAUGGUAAGUAAUGAAUCAAGUAUUUUAAAUAAUAAUGAAACUUAA